UAAUGACUGGAGUGCUGGUUUUCCUAUUUGGUAUUUUACGCACCAGUGACUACAAUUACGGUUACCCUAUAUCUGUCAUUACUGGCAUAACCUACUGGGGAUCCCUUAUUUACAUCAGUGCUGGCUCUCUGUCUGUUGCUGCGCAGAAUAAACUUCAUCCGUGUGUGGUGAAAGGCUCUCUUAUAAUGAAUGUGAUCAGUGCAAUAACUGCAGCGACCGCCAUUGUUCUGAUGAGCAUAGAAAUGCAACACCCUGCAAGGAACUAUAGAAGAUGUUACAUGAAUUACAGUGACUACGACACUUGUUUAUUGAUGGUACAAUAUAAAAUACUAUAUUAAUGUGAUCGGUUUAAAUUUAUUUUUAUUUUUUAA